UAGGCGAUGAAUGCAUUACGAUUAACACUUAGCCUGCUGCUCUGCCAGCUGCUCCGUGGCACUGCUGUGCGCUGCUGGAGCUUUGGCUCCCUAGCCGAGCAGACUGCACCACAGCCCAGCGAUGCAGGCAACCUGGAUAAUCAUACGCUGCUCGCGCGACAAUUGAUUGUGGGCACCUUGGUGCCUCCGUUAACCGCCAUUGUGACACCGACCGCAAGUAAUUGCCGUUGCGUGCCACCUGGAUCCUGUCCGAAUCCCUUGCCCACGCCUCCGAACGAUGGCAGUGGUCAGCUGGACAUACGCAUUGUGAACAAUGGCGGAUUGCCCACACCAGGCACUACGGCAGCUCCUUUGACCUGCAGUUAUGGGCUUGUGGCCUGCUGCCAGGCAGGCAACUAUCAAUGCGGAUUGCGUUUUCCACCGCCGCCAGGCUCGGCGCUGGCUAGCACUGGUCAAGCAAGCUUCGGCGCAUAUCCUUGGCAAGCUGCGCUGCUGACCACAGCGGACGUGUAUCUGGGCGGUGGGGCGCUAAUCACAGCACAACAUGUGCUAACAGCUGCCCACAAGGUCUACAAUUUGGCUUUGACCUCUUUUAAGGUGCGCCUGGGCGAAUGGAAUGCGGCCAGCAUCAGUGAGCCAAUACCGGCGCAAGAUGUGCUCGUCUCUAAUGUGUAUGUGAAUCCCGCUUUCAAUCCCAACAAUCUACAGAACAAUGUGGCCAUAUUGAAGCUGGCCACGCCCGUCUCUCUAACCAGCCGCUCCACCAUUGGCACCAUUUGCCUGCCGAGCAUCAACUUCGUGGGGCAGCGCUGCUGGGUGGCUGGCUGGGGCAAGAAUGACUUUGGACCGACGGGCGCAUACCAGGCGAUUAUGCGUCAGGUGGAUGUACCCUUAAUACCCAAUGCCAACUGCCAAACGGCGCUGCAGGCCACGCGCCUCGGUCCCGCCUUUGCCCUCAACCCCAUCAGCUUCAUCUGCGCCGGCGGCGAAGCUGGCAAGGAUGCAUGCACCGGCGACGGCGGCUCUCCCCUCGUCUGCACCAGCAAUGGGCUCUGGUAUGUGGUUGGCCUCGUCGCCUGGGGCAUUGGCUGCGGGCAGGCAAAUGUGCCCGGCGUCUACGUGAAUGUGGGCGCCUAUUUGCCCUGGAUACAGUCGACACUUCCACUGUGAGCACUUGCAAACGAAGGCUCCUCGCUGGGACAUCGAUUGCUCU